UCCUAGUCCCUCCCUGCGGAGCUGGGUCUGGAGGAGAAGCGCACAGCUCGCAUCUCCUGCGCUCCACUUUCACAGCAGCUAGUGAAACCUUCUCCGUCCUGUGUACAAUGGCAACUCUUAAGGAAAAACUCAUUGCACCAGUUGCAGAAGAAGAAGCAGCGGUUCCAAACAAUAAGAUCACUAUAGUGGGUGUUGGACAAGUUGGCAUGGCGUGUGCUAUCAGCAUUCUGGGAAAGUCCCUGGCUGAUGAACUUGCUCUUGUGGAUGUUCUGGAAGAUAAGCUUAAAGGAGAAAUGAUGGAUCUGCAACAUGGGAGCUUGUUUCUUCAGACACCUAAAAUUGUGGCAGAUAAAGAUUACUCUGUGACUGCCAAUUCUAAGAUCGUGGUGGUAACUGCAGGCGUCCGUCAGCAAGAGGGGGAGAGUCGUCUCAACCUGGUACAGAGAAAUGUUAACGUCUUCAAGUUCAUUAUUCCUCAGAUCGUCAAGUACAGUCCUGAUUGCAUCAUAAUUGUGGUUUCCAAUCCAGUGGACAUUCUUACAUAUGUUACCUGGAAACUAAGUGGAUUACCCAAACACCGUGUGAUUGGAAGUGGGUGUAACCUGGAUUCUGCUAGAUUUCGCUAUCUUAUGGCUGAAAAACUUGGCAUUCAUCCCAGCAGCUGCCAUGGAUGGAUUUUGGGAGAACAUGGAGACUCAAGUGUGGCUGUGUGGAGCAGAGUAAAUGUGGCAGGUGUUUCUCUCCAGGAAUUGAAUCCAGAAAUGGGAACAAACAAUGAUAGUGAAAAUUGGAAGGAAGUCCAUAAGAUGGUGGUUGAGAGUGCCUAUGAAGUCAUCAAGCUAAAAGGAUAUACUAAUUGGGCGAUUGGAUUAAGUGUAGCUGAUCUUAUUGAAUCUAUGCUAAAAAAUCUGUCCAGGAUUCACCCAGUAUCAACAAUGGUGAAGUGCUUUUGUUGCUCUGGCAGGGGAUGUAUGGUAUUGAGAAUGAAGUCUUCCUGAGCCUUCCGUGUAUCCUCAAUGCUCGGGGAUUAACAAGUGUCAUCAACCAGAAACUAAAGGAUGAAGAGGUUGCUCAGCUCAAGAAAAGUGCAGAUACCCUGUGGGACAUCCAAAAGGACCUAAAAGACCUGUGACUCCUGAACUCUAGGCUGUAGGAAUUCAAAAACCACAAUCUGAUUAACCCUGAGCCUUUAGCUUUCAUCCAGGUACAUGGAUCAUAGUUUGCUUUUAUCUUCCUUAAUAUGUGAAUUUGGGCUUACGGAAUCAAAGCCCAGGCUUGAUUUAAUGCUUGCAAAAUGAGCCCUUGAACAAAUAAAAUUAACUAUCUUAGUGUG